CGUAAAAAGUCAGAGGUUAAGAUAGAAAGUUCACUCAGAAAUGUGUAUUUGGCGCCAUCUACCGGCAUAAUAAAAAUACAUUUUAUAAAAAUUAAAAUAACGUAACUUAAAAUAAGUGGACAAAGCUCCGUACGUGCAAUGAAAUUGUAACCAGUGACCUGGUACCGCUGGUUUCUGUCAUAGUUCUAUUUCUAUAUUUAAUAUUUUAUACUCUUUUACUGCAAGACUUUUAUUGUGAAAUAAAGCGGAAAUAUGGUAAUUUGACGCUACUGAUGACAAAGUGAAACCCCGGUAUUUUCACAGUUCGGUACAGACCAGCAGCCGCUGCCGCAGGGUGUUGUCCUCGUCCGUGGUUCUUCUUCGUCACCGCCGAACCAGUUGAAACCUGCCCGACAUGGCGAGUCGAAAACGGCUGUUUGAGGGAAGUCCGGCCCCCAAGUCAGUUCGAGACUUCAGGGACUGGGGAGUCGAAGAAACGUGCGAGUUCCUGCGGAAAGAGGGUCUGAGGGACUGGGAGGAUACUUUCAGAGCACAAAACAUCACAGGCGCCAUCCUCAGGUCACUGGAGGAAACACAUCUGGAGAAGAUCGGUGUGAAGCGCCUCGGUGACCGUCUGUUGAUCUUACACAGUGUGAAGAAGCUGUGGCUGAUUGGAACUCAGUCGAGUAAGGUGUUCAACGAUCCCGUUCACGGACACGUGGAGCUCCACCCCCUCCUCAUCAAAAUCAUAGACACGCCUCAGUUCCAGAGACUGAGGAACAUCAAGCAGCUGGGAGGAACUUACUUUGUUUUCCCUGGAGCUUCACACAACCGCUUCGAACACAGCAUCGGUGUGUGUCACCUGGCUGGACAACUGGUUCAAGCCCUGAAUGAGCGACAGCCAGAGCUGCUCAUCUCCCACAGAGACAUCCUGUGUGUCCAGAUCGCCGGACUCUGCCAUGACCUGGGACACGGACCAUUUUCCCACCUGUUUGAUGGGAUGUUCAUCCCCAAGGCUCGUCCAGAAAUCACCUGGAAGCACGAGCACGCCUCGUUAGCCAUGUUUGACCACAUGGUGAAGGUCAACCACUUAGAGCCCGUGAUGAAGGACCACGGCCUGGUCCUGCCUGAGGACCUGGACUUCAUCAAGGAGCAGAUCGCCGGACCGCUCGACUCCAACGCAGAUGAAAAGUGGCCGUACAAAGGUCGUCCAGAGGACAUGUCCUUCCUCUAUGAGAUCGUGGCCAACAAACGAAACGGCAUCGACGUGGACAAGUGGGACUACUUUGCCAGGGACUGUUACCAUCUGGGCUUUCGCAACAACUGCGACCACGGCCGAUUCCUCACGUUUGCCCGUGUGUGUGAGGAUAAUAAUCGGAAGAUCAUCUGCACCAGAGACAAGGAGGUGGAAAAUCUGUACAACAUGUUCUACACCAGGAACCGUCUCCACAGGGAGGCCUACCAGCACAAGGUCGGGACAAUCAUAGAGACCAGGAUCACGGACGCCUUUUUAAAGGCCGACAGAUUCAUCCAUUUUCAAGGCUCGGGGGGGCAGAAGUUCACGCUGUCCACUGCCAUCGAGGACAUGGAGGCCUACACCAAGGUCACAGAUCACAUCUUUGAACAAAUCCUCUACUCGUCCUCUGAAGAACUGGCCGAGUCCAGAACCAUCCUCAACGACAUCAUCCGUCGACGCCUCUACAAGUGUGUGGGGGAGACCCGCCCUGAAAAACCCGUGACCUUUGACCAGGAGACAGAGAAGACGUGGAGAGAAGAUUUGGCCACAAACUCCGCCCCCCACAGCAGGGGCGAGACUCUGCAGCCGGAGGACUUUGUAGUGAGGGUGGUUGAACUGAAUUAUGGGAUGAAGGAGAAGAAUCCCAUCGAUGAGAUGCGGUUCUACUGUAAGGACGACCCCAACAGAGCCGUCUCCAUCAACAAGAACCAGGUGUCCAAACUUCUGCCGCAGUGCUUCUCUGAGCAGCUGAUCAGGGUUUACUGCAAGAAGUUGGACGGCCACAGUCUGGACGCUGCCAAGAAGAGUUUUGUCCAGUGGUGCAUGGACAUGGACUUCUCCAAACCUCAGGAUGGAGACGUAACUGCCCCCGAGUUGACCCCCCUGAAGGUCAGCUGGUGCCAAGACCACGGUACCGGAGAGAAGGCAAAAAGAGUCCGAAACAACCUUUUCAAAUGAAGGUGGAGGGAUUUAUUUCUGUUUUAGAUUUCUGAUCUUCCACAAGGGGGAGCUGUGAUGAGUAAAACAACUCUAAAAGAGGUUUGUUUUUACCAAAUAAUUACAACAAGGAUGUUCUCAGGAUAUUUUUACAGAUUUUUGAAUGUUACAAAGAAAAACAAUAUUGAACUAUGUUUAUUUUAUGAAGAGAGAAUUCUGUGCCUGUUCGGUUUUCAUUGGUUCGCUGCUCUGUCACAGACUUUAUUUUUUUUUACUGUGUGUUUCUUUUAAAGAAGAAGGAGGUUUCUCCAGCUGUGGACAGUCUAUGGUCCACGCACCGGUGGUUUUAGCUUCACUUACUAUUUAAGUUUGAUUCUUUCAACGUAUUUAUUCAGUUCGUGGUUGUUGUGUGCAAAGAAAGACAUUUACAGUGUUUCACCAUGGUGUGGCGCUUUAUCUCCUACCCCAGGUCGCAAAGACGUUCUGUCAAAGAAAACAGUUUGAGAAUGAAA